ACAAGAGGGCAAUUGUAUAAGGAAAAUUAUAACUAUUCUAUAGAUCUAUUCAAUCAAAAUGGAUUCUUCUGCAUCUCCAUUGGAACCUGCAAUCAAAAUGUCACAGGACGAUGAAUUACAAGAAGAUUUUUCAAGCAAAUUGUUGUCAAAAAUAAAGAGUGAGGCAAUGUAUGAGCUGCGUCGGCUACAACAUCAACAACGACCUGUAACGGAAUUCUGCAACAAGCAACAACUAGAGGAGUUCUUUUGCAAACGUUUACCCCCUCCUCAACUAGAUACAGCUUCUGCCGAUGCCAGCAAUGCUUCCCUGGUCUCCAAUCGAGCAAAGCAACUCACAGCUUCUGCAUCCAAGGCAAAAAACUUCAUGCCAGAAGGAAUUCGUCUUGAGGUUAGAGGUCUCUUUGACCAACGGAGAGUAACAGAAACAUUGGAGGGUCCUCUUCGAAAUGAGAUGGAUCGUUUGCUUCAGCAAGGCCUUGAGAGGAGACAAAGAAGGGUUCAAGGUCGCCGCUCACGCUCUGGUGGGAACAGACAUCGUGGAGAUUCUUCACCUCGCCAUGUUAGGCAGAAUAGAAGACACAUUCGAUUCAAUAUUCCUGAGAAUGGCCGGUAUCCAAUGCCUCAACGAGAUCAAAGCCGAAUUGUGGAUACUUUGAUGCAGAGUCCAGCUCUUAAUUCCCUCAAACCUGAAGCACGAGAGGAAGUAGUUUCUGAAGUCAGGAAUCUUGUUCAGCAGCAGUUGGUCACCUCUGCUUUGUCAGGGGAAUUCCGAGGAGUUUUGGAGCUAAAUAUUCAGCAACAACUCAAUCAUUCUCAACAAGGGCUCUCUGGUGAGGACGCUGUUCGUUCCUUGCAACGAGGAAGGAGCUCUCCAAGGCACAGUGAAGCAGAAAGAUCUUCCAACUUGUCGAGAGGUGGUGAUAUGAGGGAGAUUAGGGAGAUGAAAUCACAGCUGGACGAGCUGAAGCAGUUAAUGAAGACAAGCUUUGAGCUCCAGUUAGACAUACAGAGGUCCAUCCGACAAGAAGUGGCUGCAGCCCUCUCUGCUUUCAUUACUUCACAGCCUACUGGUGCUUGUCCUGUGCCCACUCUCACCGUUCCCAGUGGCCAUGCAAGUGUUGUUAAAACCACACCUUCAUCUGUCCCUGUUGUGGAGUGUGGGAACUGUGUUAUCUGCUCAGACGGUGCAAUCGACUCUGUGGUCUACCGAUGUGGGCACAUGUGUAUGUGCAUGGCCUGCGGAAUAGAUCUCAAGUCCAAAGGAAUGAAGUGCCCAGUUUGCCGAUCUCCCAUCACUGAUGUGAUUCGAGCUUAUUCGAGCAUGCUAUGAUUUGAACAUUAAUUUUUUUCUGUGGAUAUAAUUAUAUUUGUGUAACUAGAUAACUUGUCACAAUGUCCCAUUCAUGGAAUUGUUUUGCCUUA